UACUCGUUGAAUCGGUAUAAAACAUUGAGUAUGGGUAAUGGCAGUGCAGUCGGUACUUGUGGCUAUUUUAUUUAGGACUGUUGGAUUUCCGAACGGCUUAGGACAUGAUAUGGAUGCUGUUUUUGAUUGCUGCUCUACUUCCUAUACAACAAUCUCUGGAAUACGAUGACAUAGACAUAUUGACAAACUACGAUGUACAGUUCGCACAGCUAGCAGAUAACCAAGCAACUCCCAAGAAGAAGCAAGGUUUCAGUGCUGGAAGUAGUUUGAGGAGUAUAGCAGAAGGUUCUUCAAACGCCGCUGACGAUGCCGUCAAUAAUCAAGACGCUGCUGGACAUCAAGCAGCCUAUGUUGCCAAAAACACACUUGCUCAAUCUGCAGCAGCAGCCUCAGCUACUGCUCAAGCCGCCCUAGCAGGAAAACAAAUUCUUCUUCAAGGAAUGGAACAACAAUUUAGGGAUGCUCAAACUGCUCUAAUGGGAGAAAAACAGCAACUUAUGCAGGCACAAAGAGCAGCUGAUCAAACAAAUAGAGCAGCACAAGAAGCAAGAACACAUGUACAAGUCCUUCAGAACACGCUAAAUGCCGCUCAAGCUGCAGCAGAUCACGUAACCCAAGCAGCAAACGAGGCCGCCGGGGAGUUAGCUGCUCAGCAAGCCAUGGUUGGUUCUGCGAUGGACCGAUUAGAAAAUAUAGGAAAACAACUAGCAGCCGUAAGGAUCGACUUCGAAGCCACAAGAGCUGCAGCGAUGAAAGCUCAAGCCGCGGCCCAAGCAGCUGCAGCUAAUGCAGCGGCAGCGGCUGCAGCUGCCGCCGCUGGACUAGCCAAGAACGCCGGAAAACAACCUCCUCCUCCUCCCCCACCACCACCACCAAAGGCAGAUAACGGCGGAGGUGGUAAAAAGGGUGGUGGAAGUGGAGGCUCUGGAGGAAAUGGUGGUAAAUCUUCUAAAUAUAGUGCAGAUGCUGAUUACGAUCAAAAUUCUUUUUAUCACCCUUUGUUCUAUGGAGAAAGUUAACAGAUAUUUUCCAGGGUGUUGUUAAUUUUUUUACUGUUUCUAAAAAAUAAAGUACUAAAUUACA